ACUCAACAACAAAUGCAACCAGUUACCAAGACAAUUCAACAGGUGUUUCAUCAGAAGAAGAAUUUUGGCAGUACAAUAUAUUAUCGCUGUCAGGUGGAAUUAAUGAGGUGGGCUCUCUGCGAUGGCGCCUCGUGUUAUGGACAAUUAUACUCAAAGUCAUCGUCAUUAUUGGUCUUUUGAAGGGUGUAAAGUCCGUUGGAAAAAUGAUGCUUUUUACCACAUUCUUUCCUCCGUUAAUUGGUUUGGCAAUGCUGAUUCAAGCGUUUACUCAGAAUGGCGCCCAAGAUGGUCUACUAUUCCUGAUUACACCUGAUUUUAGUAGACUGUCUGACUCCAAGGUAUGGCUAGAGGCAACAUUCAUGGCUUUCUACAGUCUCGGUCCAGCUUGGGGCGGCAUAUUGGUGAUGGGAAGUCAUGUGAAAUUUCACUCGAACUGUCUGAGAAAUGUGCUUAUUGGCGCCAUUGGGGAUGUUUGUAUAUCGGUGUUUAGCAGCGUCGUCCUUUUCGCCGUCAUAGGUGUUAUGGCGAAAGAGAUUAAUAUUCCUGUUGAGAAUGUUGUUAAGUCAGGCAUGUCAAUCGGUAUGGUGGGUUACAGUCGGGCACUGACCUACCUCCCAGCGCCUUAUAUCUGGGCAGUGAUGUUUUUCUUCGCUAUCACUAUUGUCGGAAUUGACGCACAGGUUGUUUGUACGGAGACCGUGGUGUCUUGUAUGGAAGGAUUUAGUUCAAGAUUAGGUCGACACAGGCACCUUAUUCUUGUGAUUCUGGUCAGCCUUUUCUCGUUUCUCGGCAACCUCCCAUUUUGCACACAGGCGGGCCCGUACAUGUUCCAGUUUGUUGAUUGGUAUUGGCCAACUUGGUCGGUGUUAGUGAUAGCUCUUCUAGAGGUUAUCGCCAUUAUGUGGUUUUAUGGAGGUGAUCGUAUUGACUAUGGAUUAAAAGACAUGAAUGGACGAAAAAUGCCACAUUUGUUCCGACUUGUAGCAGCAUAUAUAUCACCUGUCCUGUUCCUGUUCCUGCUCCUGACAAGUUUUGUCAUGUACCAGUCACCAAAGUACGGUUCAUACGAAUACCCGGAUGACACGCGCGUCAUUGGCUGGGCGCUUUCGUUUACAGUUGUCAUUCCCAUACCUCUUUACAUCGUCUGGCAAUUCGCCAAAUUACAAGGGACACUAAAACAGAGAUGGUCAAUUCUCACACAGCCGAGUAGUGCUUGGGGUCCUAGCGAUAGUGCCCAUCGGCUAGAGUACCUGGAGCGGUCACAGGCUGAGCGGUCACUGACAGAUAUUGCUUACUACAAUUUGACUGGUAGACAGAGAUACCCUUCAAAGAAGCACUGUGAAACUGUGGCACUGCAAUGUACUGAUUAA